GACCUGCCUCGACUCUCAAGAGGGGCAGCUGGCCUAAGGCUAAAGUAGAGGUAGAUAUAUGGUUUUCACUAUGAAAAGGAUGGCAUAGUUAACCAUUUUAAUUAAAGAUAAGCAUAUAAUCUCGAAGUAAAACUAGAUUCAGUUAGACUAUUAUGCACAUGGCACUCGAAUGCCCGCUGUUAUCGCUUGUACCGGAUACGAUGCAUUUCCAGUGGAACUAAGGGAUACGGGAUUGAAUGAAAUCCGUCUUGGUGAAUGAAGAAAUAUAAAAAACUCUCGACAAAAAAAUAAAUACGGACAUGGCUGACAGGACCGCUCCGAAUUGUCACCUGCGACUAGAGUGGGUUUACGGGUAUCGUGGACAUCAGUGCCGCAACAACCUGUACUACACAGCGGCCAAGGAAAUUGUCUACUUCGUCGCCGGUGUCGGAGUAGUGUACAACACACGGGAACACAAGCAAAAAUUUUACUUGGGACACAACGAUGACAUAAUCAGUUUAGCUCUGCAUCCGGAGCGUGUGCUGGUAGCUACGGGACAGGUGGGCAAGGAACCUUACAUCUGUGUGUGGGAUUCCUACACCGUACAGACCGUGUCCAUCCUCAAGGACACUCACACACACGGCAUCGCCUGCCUAGCCUUCGACCUCGAUGGACAGUGUUUGGUCUCGGUGGGUCUGGACUCCAAAAACACGAUCUGUGUGUGGGACUGGAGGAGGGGCAAGGUGCUGGCAGCGGCUCCUGGCCACACUGACAGGAUAUUUGACAUAUCAUGGGACUUGUACCAGCCAAGCAAGCUUGUUAGCUGUGGUGUCAAACAUAUCAAGUUUUGGAGCUUAUGUGGCAACGCCCUGACCCCUAAGCGAGGAGUUUUUGGCAAAACGGGAGAUCUCCAAACCAUCCUCUGCCUGGCCUGUGCCAGAGAUGAGGUCACAUAUUCAGGUGCCUUGAACGGUGACAUCUACGUCUGGAAGGGCAUCAACCUGAUCCGGACAGUCCAAGGAGCCCAUGGAUCUGGGAUUUUCAGCAUGAAUGCCUGUGAGGAGGGCUUUGCCACGGGGGGCCGGGACGGCUGUGUCCGGCUGUGGGAUCUCAACUUCAAACCCAUCACUGUUAUCGAUCUCAGGGAAACAGACCAGGGAUAUAAAGGGUUGUCAGUGCGCAGCGUGUGUUGGCGGGGAGAUCACAUCUUGGUGGGCACCCAGGACAGUGAGAUCUUUGAGGUGGUGGUCCACGAUCGCACCAAGCCCUUCCUCAUCAUGCAGGGUCACUGUGAGGGGGAGCUGUGGGCGCUGGCAGUGCACCCCACCAAGCCCCUGGUCAUGACCGGCAGCGAUGACCGUUCGGUCAGAAUAUGGAGCCUUAUAGAUCAUGCGCUGAUAGCUCGCUGUAAUAUGGAGGAACCUAUCCGCUGUGCAGCUGUGAGCACGGACGGUAUUCACCUGGCGCUGGGCAUGAAGGACGGCUCCUUCACCGUCCUACGGGUCAGAGAUAUGACAGAGGUGGUCCACAUCAAAGACAGGAAGGAGGCCAUCCAUGAGCUGAAGUACUCUCCUGACGGAGCUCACCUGGCCGUGGGCUCCAAUGAUAACUCUGUGGACAUCUACGGCGUGGUGCAGAGGUACAAGAAGGUGGGAGAGUGCAUCGGCUCCACUAGCUUCAUCACACACAUGGACUGGUCCACAGACAGCAAGUAUCUGCAGACCAAUGACGGUAACGGAAAGAGGCUCUUCUACAGGAUGCCAAGCGGUAAAGAGGUCACCAACAGGGAUGAGUUGAAGCUGGUGCAGUGGUCCUCGUGGACGUGUGUGCUGGGCCCCGAGGUCAACGGAAUAUGGCCCAAAUACUCUGAGAUCAAUGACAUCAACUCUGUUGACGCCAACUUUAAUAAUCAAGUUUUAGUAACCGCAGAUGAUUAUGGAUUAGUGAAACUAUUACGGUACCCGUGUGUAAGGAAAGGUGCAAAGUUUAAAAAGUAUUUAGGUCACUCUGCCCAUAUAACCAAUGCCAGGUGGUCACAUGACUACCAGUGGGUGAUAACCAUUGGUGGAGCUGACCACUCAGUGUUCCAGUGGAAGUUUGUCACAGACAGAAAGUCGAAGGAAGCUCUUCACAUAGCACCUCAAGAGACGUUGGGCGACUCCAACAGUGAGGAGUCGGACUCGGACCAGUCAGACGUGCCUGAGAUGGACUCGGAGAUCGAGCAGGAGACACACCUCACAUAUCGGCGGCAGGUUUACAAAGAAGAUCUGCCUCAGCUCAAAGAGCUGUCCAAGGAGAAGCACCGUGCGGUGGCCAUGAAGAAGAGGGAGAGAGCACCAGGGAGCGGGUUGAAGCUACACUUCAUCCACGGCUACAGAGGCUACGACUGCAGGAACAACCUGUUCUACACCCAGACAGGGGAGAUGGUGUACCACGUGGCGGCCGUGGGGGUGGUGUACAACCGACAGCAGAACACCCAGCGCUUCUACAUGGGCCAUGACGACGACAUCCUGUGCCUGGCCAUCCACCCCCUCAAGGACUAUGUAGCGACAGGCCAGGUGGGGCGAGACUCUUCCAUCCACGUAUGGGAUACAGAGGUUAUGACACCCCUGUCUGUGUUGAAAGGAUUCCACCAACUGGGAGUGUGUGCCUUGGACUUCUCAGCGGAUGGCAAGCGGUUGGCCUCGGUGGGGCUGGAUGACAACCACACCAUUGUCCUUUGGGACUGGAGGAAGGGGGAGAAGCUCUCAGCCAUCAGGGGAAGCAAGGAUAAGAUUUUCGUCAUCAAAGUGAAUCCAUACUGUCCUGACAAGCUCAUCACAGCAGGAAUAAAGCAUAUGAAGUUCUGGCAUAAAACAGGUGGUGGUCUGAUCGGGCGUAAGGGCAACAUGGGGAAGACCGAGACGAUGAUGUGUGCUGUGUAUGGCUGGACAGAGGAGAUGGUGUUCUCAGGGACGUGCACAGGAGACAUCUGUAUCUGGAGGGACAUGUUCCUGGUGAAGACAGUCAAAGCCCAUGAUGGCCCAGUCUUCAGUAUGCACGCCCUGGAGAAGGGAUUUGUGACCGGAGGCAAGGACGGCAUAGUGGCUCUGUGGGACAACACCUUUGAGAGAUGCCUCAAGACGUACGCCAUCAAGAGAGCAGUCCUCGCUCCAGGCUCCAAAGGGUUGCUGUUGGAGGACAACCCUUCCAUACGUGCCAUAUCUCUUGGUCAUGGUUAUAUACUGGUGGGGACAAAGAAUGGCGAGAUUCUGGAGGUGGAUAAGAGUGGACCCAUCACCUUGCUGGUCCAGGGUCACAUGGAGGGUGAGGUGUGGGGCCUGGCCACCCAUCCUCAUCUCCCUCUCUGUGCCACUGUCAGCGAUGACAAAACCCUGCGUAUAUGGGACCUGUCCCCCAGCCACUGUAUGCUGGCUGUACGCAAGCUCAAGAAAGGGGGGCGCUGCUGCUGCUUCUCCCCUGAGGGCAAGGCCCUGGCGGUGGGCCUGAACGACGGCAGCUUCCUCAUCGUCAACGCAGACACCCUGGAGGACCUCGUGUCCUUCCACCACCGCAAGGACAUAAUCUCAGACAUACGCUUCUCACCAGGUGCAGGAAAGUACCUGGCGGUGGCGUCGGGCGACAGCUUUGUGGACAUCUAUAAUGUGAUGAGCAGCAAGAGGGUGGGGGUGUGCAAGGGGUCCCUAAUCUACAUCACCCAUCUGGACUGGGACAAGAGAGGAAAACUACUUCAAGUAAACACUGGUGCUAAAGAGCAGUUAUUUUUCGAAGCUCCACGGGGGAAGAAGCAGACCAUUCCUGCUACCGAGGUGGAGAAGAUAGACUGGAGCACAUGGACCUGUGUGCUCGGGACGUCCUGUGAGGGGAUCUGGCCUGUGGUCAGUGAGGUUACCGAGGUGACUGCUGCCUGCCUUAGCAACGACAGAAAGGUGCUAGCAACGGGGGAUGAUCUGGGAUACGUCAAGCUAUUCAGGUAUCCUGUCAAGGGAAAGUAUGCAAAGUUCAAGCGCUACGUGGCCCAUAGUACUCAUGUGACUAACGUGCGUUGGACGCAUGAUGACGGUCUCCUGGUGACGGUCGGCGGGGGUGACACGUGCCUCAUGAUCUGGACCCACGAGGCAGAGGGGCACCGGGAGGCCAGACAUUGUGACAGUGAAGAGUCGGACAUCGAGAGCGAGGAUGAUGGGGGUUAUGACAGUGAUGUGACGAGGGAGAAUGAGAUCAACUACACCAUCAAGGCCUUAUCCACCAACAUGCGUCCCAUGACUGGGGUCAAACCCCACCUGCAGCCGAAGGAGCCGUCUGUGGACGAGAGGCAGGGGGUAGUCAGAGGGUCAAGGCCUCCUGUUAGCAGGGCGCUGCCACAGCCUGAGAAGCUGCAGACCAACAACGUGGGCAAGAAGAAGAGGCCCAUCGAGGACCUGGUGCUGGAUCUGGUUUUUGGUUACCGUGGCAAUGACUGCCGCAACAACGUCCACUACCUGAAUGAGGGGGCAGAUAUCAUCUACCACACAGCUUCUGUUGGCAUCGUCCUCAACCUAACCACAGCCUGCCAAAGCUUCUAUAUAGAACAUAGUGAUGACAUUCUGUGCCUGACUAUCAAUCAACACCCCAAAUUCCCCAACGUGGUGGCAACUGGCCAAGUAGGUGAUACUGGUGAUAUGUCAGCCACGUCGCCCUCCAUUCACGUGUGGGAUGCCAUGAACAAGCAGACGCUGUCUGUCCUGCGCUGUUUCCACUCGCGGGGGGUCUGCUCGGUCAGCUUCAGUGCCACUGGGAAGCUGCUGCUCUCUGUGGGUCUGGACCCAGAACACACCAUCACCAUCUGGAAGUGGCAAGAAGGUGCCAACGUGGCCAGUCGGUCAGGCCACAUUCAGCGGAUCUUUGUGGCGGAGUUCCGUCCAGACUCGGACACUCAGUUUGUGUCUGUGGGUGUCAAGCAUGUGAGGUUCUGGACGCUGGCGGGCCGGGCUCUGCUCAGUAAGAAGGGCAUGAUGAGUAACAUAGAGGACGCCCGCAUGCAGACCAUGCUCUCUGUGGCUUUUGGGGCUAAUAACUUGACAUUUACAGGUACUAUUAGUGGGGAUGUGUGUGUGUGGAAGGAGCACAUUCUAGUGAGAGUAGUGGCUAAGGCCCACACAGGGCCUGUAUUCACCAUGUACACCACACUAAGAGAUGGACUCAUCGUUACAGGAGGCAAGGAAAGGCCGUCAAAGGAAGGAGGUGCUCUGAAGCUCUGGGACCAGGAGCUGAAGCGUUGCAGAGCCUUCCGCCUGGAGACCGGACAGAUCAUAGACUGUGUGCGCUCCGUAUGCAGAGGAAAGGGUAAAAUCCUUGUAGGAACGAGGAAUGCUGAGAUCAUUGAGGUGGGGGAGAAGAAUGCGGCGUGCAACAUCCUGGUGAACGGCCACAUGGAUGGACCGAUCUGGGGUGUGGGCACCCAUCCCACUCGGGAUGUGUUCCUGUCCGCUGCAGAGGAUGGCACUGUGAGGCUGUGGGACAUCCCAGAGAAGAAGAUGCUGAACAAGGUGAACCUGGGCCACCCAGCACGUACGGUGGCCUACAGCCCUGAGGGGGACAUGGUGGCCAUCGGGAUGAAGAACGGAGAGUUCAUUAUCCUGCUGGUCACCUCACUCAAGAUCUGGGGCAAGAAAAGGGACCGCCGCUCCCCCAUCCAAGAUAUCAGGUUCAGUCCAGAUUCACGCUACUUGGCAGUGGGCUCCAGUGAGAGUGCGGUUGACUUCUACGACCUGACGCUUGGACCACAACUCAACCGUAUUAACUGCUGCAGGGACAUCCCCAGCUUUGUCAUGCAGAUGGACUUCUCUGCAGACAGCUGCUAUGUUCAGAUAUCUACUGGUGCUUACAAGCGGCUGGUGUAUGAGGUACCAUCUGGGAAGCAGGCCACAGAGCAGGCAGUCAUAGACAGGAUAACCUGGGCCACAUGGACAAGUGUCCUGGGGGACGAGGUUGUGGGGAUCUGGUCCCGUAACACUGACAAAGCAGACGUCACCUGUGCCUGUGUGUCCCACUCUGGCCUGAACAUUGUCACAGGCGAUGACUUUGGAAUGGUAAAGCUGUUUGACUUUCCAUGUCCAGAAAAGUUUGCCAAACAUAAACGCUUUCUGGGCCACUCUGCCCACUUGACUAAUAUUCGCUUCACAAGUGGGGAUCGCUUCGUCAUUAGUGCUGGCGGGGACGAUAGAAGCCUGUUUGUCUGGAGGUGCGUCUAUGCCCCACACUGAGAUGCAUAACUGGAGCGACACAUCAUCCAGUCCAGGGGGCUGCAUGGGCUUUUCCCAGCAUGGCUAUUCAGAGAGAAGAACCCGCUUCGCUGUGGGGCAAGCAUGUCAAAACGGACAACGCACCUGGCAGCUAGUAAUCAUGACUCACUGCCUCAACACUAGGUGCAAUCGUCUGCGUGAGCCUCAUUUUCAGAAGCCCUGAGGUAGAGGACAUUGAGUCACGACCGUUGCAAAAUAUCCCUCCAAAACAUCACAUCACAGUUGUAAAACUUGCUUUCAUAUCACCUGCACAUGAUUUUGAUGGUCAUUGUGGAGUGUUUCUGUGUCAACGUUCUAAAUUGCAGUUUUGCCAGUUAGUACGAGUAAAUGUGACUGAUGAAAAUGCCAUUUUUAAAGACGUGUAACAAACUAUCUUAGCCUUAAUCUACUGGAGUGACUGAUGAGGUUUGGAGUGGUUUGAUGUUUGUUUUAUAUAAUUUCAGAGGUUUUUUUGGACUAAUUCUAUUUUUUUUCUUUUUUUACCAAUGAUUUAAACUCCUGUGGCCUUCCUCCUGAAUGUAACAUCCACAGUUACGAUCUGGAUGUCAGCAUGCCAAAGCAUACUAUGCACUGUACACCCGACCUGGUCACUGUGUUACCCUAAUGAUUUGUGUAUGUGACCGUGUUGUCCACUGGUUGAACCUCAAAACCCCAGCAGUGUGUGACCAUGUUGUAGCGACCUUUUAGGUUGUGCUGUAACCCUUCAUAACAUGUCAUGUGUGUGUAUACUUGUUUGAGGCUUUGUGUAUGUGUGCAAUGGGAGUGUAUGGCUUAUCGAAAGACAAUACCGGAUUCCCUGUCCAACCAAAUUCCUCAGAUAAGGAAAAAGGCGAAAAAUUGAUGUUUCAAUGAACUGUUGCAUAUUUCCUUUCAUCAUUUUUCAGUGUGCUGCUAUGAUACAGUAUUAAGAGCAUACAUAUUGAUAUACAGUGCCUUCAGAAAGUAUUCCUACCCCUUGACUUAUUCCACAUUUUGUUUCAUUAAUCUGAAUUCAAAAUGGAUUAAAUAUGUUUUUUCUCACCCAUCUACACACAAUAGCCCAUAAUGACGGUGAAAACAUGUUUGUUUUGCACUGUAUUGAAAAUGUAAUACAGAAAUAUCUCAUUUACACAAGUAUUCACACGCAUUUGCUAUUACACUCCAAAUUGAGCUCAGGUGCAUCCAAUUUCCUUUGAUCAUUCCUUUGAUCUGUCACUACAACUUGAUUGGAUUCCACCUGUGGCCAAUUCCAUUGUUUGGACCUGAUUUGUAAAGAAACACAUGUCUAUAUAAGGUCCCAUAGUUGACAGAGAAUGUCACAGCAGAAACUACCAUGAAGUCCAAGGAACUGCCUGUAGAGCGCCGAGAUAGAAUUGUGAUGAGGCAUAUAUCUGGGGAAGGAUAUAAAACCAUUUCUAGGGUGUUGAACGUUUCCAAGAACAGAGUGGUGUCCAUCAUUGGGAAAUUUUAAAAAAAGAUGGAACUACCCAGACUAUACCUAGAGCUUGCUGUCUGACCAAACUGAGCAACCGGGAAAGAAGGACCUUGGUCAGGGGGGUGACUUAAAUCAGUUUUACCUCAUUUCUACCAGCAUGUCACAUGUGCAACCAGAGGAGAAAAAAAACUCUAGACCACCUUUACUCCACACACAGAGACGCAUACAAAGCUCUCCCUCGCCCUCCAUUGGGCAAAUCUGACCAUAACUCUAUCCUCCUGAUUCCUGCUUACGAGCAAAAAUUAAAGCAGGAAGCACCAGUGACUCGGUCUAUAAAAAAGUGGUCAGAUGAAGCAGAUGCUAAACUACAGGGCUGUUCUGCUAGCACAGACUGGAAUAUGUUCUCGGAUUCUUCCGAUGGCAUUGAGGAGUACACCACAUCAGUCACUGGCUUUAUCAAUAAUUGCAUCGAGGAUGUCAUCCCUACAGUGACUGUGCGUACAUACCCUAACCAGAAGCCAUGGAUUACAGGCAACAUUCGCACUGAGCGAAAGGUUAGAGCUGCCGCUUUCAAGUUGUGGGACUCUAACCCGGAAGCUUAUAAGAAAUCCUGCUAUGCCCUAUGACAAACCAUCAAACAGGCAAAGUGCCAAAGCAGGACUAAGAUUGAAUCCUACUACACCGGCUCCUAUGCUCAUCGGAUGUGGCAGGGCCUGCAAACUAUUACAGACUACAAAGGGAAGCACAGCCGUGAGCUGCCCAGUGACACGAGCCUACCAGAUGAGCUAAAUCACUUCUAUGCUCGCUUCAAUGCUAUCAACACUGAGACAUGCAUGAGAGCAUCAGCAGUUCCAGGACGACUGUGUGAUCACGCUAUCCGUACCUGAUGUAAGACUUUUAAACAGGUCAACAUACACAAGGCCGCUGGGUCAGAUGGAUUACCAGGACGUGUGCUCCGGGCAUGUGCUUACCAACUGGCAGGUGUCUUCACUGACAUUUUCAACAUGUUCCUGAUUUGAGUCUGUAAUACCAACAUGCUUCAAGCAGACCACCAUAGUCCCUGUGCCCAAGAGCACUAAGGUAACCUGCCCAAAUGACUGCCGACGCAUAGCACUCACAUCUGUAGCCAUGAAGUGCUUUGAAAGGCUGGUAAUGGCUCACAUUAACAUCAUUAUCCCAGAAACCCUAGACCCACUUCAAUUUGCAUACCGCUCAAACAGAUAAACAGAUGAUGCAAUCUCUAUUGCACUCCACUGCCCUUUCUCACCUGGACAAAAGGAAAACCUACGUGAGAAUGUUAUUCAUUGACUACAGCUCAGCGUUCAACACCAUAGUGCCCUCAAAGCUCAUCACUAAGCUAAGGAUCCUGGGACUAAACACCUCCCUCUGCAACUGGAUCCUGGACUUCCUGACGGGCCGCCCCCAGGUGGUGAGGGUAGGUAGCAACACAUCUGCCACGCUGAUCCUCAACACUGGAGCCCCUCAGGGGUGCAUGUUCAGUCCCCUCCUGUACUCCCUGUCCACGCACGACUGCAUGACCAGGCACGACUCCACACUCCAGACGACACAACAGUGGUAGGCCUGAUUACCAACAAUGACAAGACAGCCUAUAGGGAGGCGGUUAGAGACCUGGCCGGGUGGUACCAGAAUAACAACCUAUCCCUCAAUGUAAUCAAGACAAAGAUGAUUGUGGACGACAGGAAAAGGAGGACCGAGCACAAACCCAUUCUCAUCGACGGGGCUGUAGUGGAGUAGGUUGAGAGCUUCACGUUCCUUGGUGUCCACAUCACCAACAAUCUAGAAUGGUCCAAACACAUCAAGACAGUUGCGAAGAGGGCUCAACAAAACCUAUUCCCCCUCAGGAGACUGAAAAUAUUUGUUAUCAGAUCCUCAGAUCCUCAAAACAUUGAGAGCAUCCUGACUGGUUGCAUCACUGCCUGGUACGGCAACUGCUCGGCCUCCGACCGCAAGGCACUACAGAGGGUAGUGCGUACAGCCCAGUACAUCACUGGGACUAAGCUGUCUGCCAUCCAGGACCUCUAUACCUGGCGGUUUCAGAGGAAGGCCCUAAAAAUUUUCAAAGACCCCAGCCAUAGACUGUUCUCUCUGCUACCACAUGGCAAGCGGUACCGGAGUGCCAAUUCUAGGACCAAAAGGCUUCUCAAAAGCUUUUACCCCCACGCCAUAAGACUGCUGUACAAGUAAUCAAAUGGCUACCCCCCCCAAACCCUUCUUUUACGCUGCUGCUACUCUUCCUUUAUCAUCUAUGCAUAGUCACUUUAACUAUACAUUCACGUACAUAUUAAUUACCUCAAUUAGCCCGACUAACCGGUGCCCCCGCACAUUGGCUAUACGGACUAUUUGCAUUGUGUCCCACCACCCCCCCGACCACCAACCCCUUCUUUUACUCUGCUGCUACUCUCUGUUGAUCAUCUAUGCAUAGUAACUUUAACUAUAUCCACAUGUGCAUAUUACCUCAAUUAGCCCGACUAACUUGUGCCCCCGCACAUUGACUCUGUACGGGUACCACCUGUAUGUAGCCUCACUACUGUUAUUUUCACUGUCAUUUGACUGUUUUUUUAUUUUGUAUUUCUUUACUUAUCUAUUGUUAACCUAAACCUAUUUUUUGUUAAAAAAUUCUACUGUUGGUUAGGGCUUGUACUUACAAAUAAGGAUUUCACUGUAAGGUGUACUACACCUGUUGUAUUCAGCGCACGUGACAAAUAAACUUUGAUUUGAUUUGACCAAGAACCCAAUGAUCAAUCUGACAGAACUACAGAGUUCCUUGGCUGAAAUGGGAGAACCCAUCAAAAGGACAGCAGUCUCUACAGCACUUCACAAAUGGGCUUUAUGGGAGUGGCCAGAUGGAUGCAAAAAGGCACAUGACCGAGCGCCUGGAGUUUGCAAAGAGGCAUGUGAAAGACUUUGAGAGCAUAAGGAAAAAUUUUAUGUGGUCUGAUGAUAUGAAAAUGUAACUCUUAGGCCUGAAUGCAAAGCACUAUGUCUGGAGAAAACCAGGCACAGCUCAACACCCUUCUAGCACCAUCCCUACCGUGAAGAACAGUGGUGGCAGCAUCAUGCUAUGGGAAUGCUUUUCAGCAGCAGCGACUGGGAGACUGGUAAGGAUAGAGGGAACAAUGAAUGGAGCCAAAUGCAGGCAAAUCCUUGAUGAGAACCUGCUUCAGAGUGCAAACAACCUUAGACUGAGGCAAAGAUUGAUGUUCCAACAGGACAAUGACCUCAAGCAUACAGCCAAAGCAAUGCUGGAAUGGCUUCAGAACAAGAAUGUGAAAGUCCUUGAGUGGCAUCGUCAAAACCCACACUUGAAUCACAUUGAAAAUCUGUGGAAAGACUUGAAGAUUGCUGUUCAAUGCCGCUCCCCAUCUAAUUUAUGAUCUUGAGAAAAUCUGCAAAGAAGAAUGGGAGAAAAUCCACAAAUCUAGAUGUGCAAAGCUGAUACAGGCGUACUAAAGACAACUCAAAAAUAUAAUCGCCACCAAAGGUGCUUCUACAAAGUAUUGACUCAGGGGUGAAUACUUAUGUCAAUUAGAUAUUUCUGUAUUUCAUUUUCAAUACAUUUAAAAACAUGUUUUCACUUUGUCAACAUGUGUAUAUGGGUGAGAAAUAAUAAUGUAAUACAUUUUUAGUUCAGGCUGGAACACAACAAAAUCUGGAAUAAGUCAAGGGGUAUGAAUACUUCCUGUAGGCACUGUAUGUUUAAAAGUGAGUGGCUAUUUUUUACAAGGAUAUAGGUGUAUGUUUCUUGUAACCAGAUAUGAUACACCUAACAGAGUAAAUUGAAAAUAUGAAAUGUGAAGAAUGUUUUCCCUCUUGUUUUAAUUACGUUGUUAAAUAGAUGACAUGUUUACUGCAUAUUUGAUUUACAUUACAUCAAUGUAAAUAUAGUUUGUAAAUAUUAUUUUGUAUAUUUUUUGUGAAAUGUUUCUUAAAUCACAUUUUAAUAAAGAAAAUGUAUAGACAACAACAUAAGUUCUUUAUCAGGCAGAGGGUACUAACUCAACCAAAAAGGUAUAUCAAUCCAGUAACUAUUUGCAUACA